AUGGUGUUUCUGCUGGGCUUCCUGCUCCUGUGCGGAGUUGUAGAUAUCACAGGAAGUUUGAACAUCACUACUCCAGAUCAGACAGUUCAGGAAGCCCAAGGGGAAACUGUCCACCUGCCCUGCAUGUUCACUCUUACCCCUGAGGACCAAGGACCACUGGACAUCGAGUGGCUUCGGCUUUCGGGACCCAGUGAGGCGAGGGACCAUGUGGUAAUUUUGUAUGCUGCAGAUAAAAUUUAUUCUGACUUCUACUACGACCUGAAAGGACGAGUCCAUUUUACAACUAAUGAUGUUGUGUCUGGUGACGCGUCCAUAAAAAUAAGGGAUGUUCGGCCUUCAGACAGUGGCACCUAUCAGUGCCAAGUGAAAAAAGCCCCUGGUGUUGCCAAGACAACCAUUCAGCUGACAGUUGUUGAGUUCAUUGGGAAUGUGAGCAUCACAACUCCCGAGCAGACAAUUCAGGAAGCCCAGGGGGAAACUGUCCAUCUGCCCUGCAUGUUCACCUUUAUCUCCAACGACCAAGGACCACUGGACAUUGAAUGGUUUCGUCUUUCAGGACCUAAUAACGAAGUGGUGGACCAUGUAGUUAUUUUCUAUUCUGCAGACAAGGUUUGUGAUGACUUCUAUCCAGACCUGGAAGGACGAGUACAUUUCACCAGUAAUGACAUCAGGUCUGGGGACGCAUCCAUAAAUAUAACAAACGUCCAGCUAUCGGAUGCUGGCACCUAUCAGUGCAGAGUGAAAAAAAACCCCGGUAUUGUCAACAGAAACAUGCAGCUGGUUGUCUCUGGUUCCACUGAAAGUGUGAACAUCACUACUUCAGAGCAGGCAAUUCAGGAAGCCCAAGGGGAAACUGUCCAUCUGCCCUGCAUGUUCACUCCUAAUCCUGAGGGCCAAGGACCACUAUUCGUUGACUGGAUGCAGCUUACAGGACCUGAAAAUGAAGUGGUGAACCGCAUGUUUAUCGUAAAUUUAGCAGACAAAAUUUACGAUGACUUCUAUCAAGAUAUGAAAGGACGUGUGAAAUUUACAAGUAAUGAUAUCAGGUCUGGUGACGCAUCUAUAAAUAUAACCAAUGUUCAGCUCUCUGACACUGGCACCUAUCAGUGUGGAGUGUUCCAUGGCCAUGGUACUGUCAAGAGGACCAUUCAGCUGAUAGUUGUUGGAGAUGGAGGCAAGAUGAUCAAAGUCACUCUCAACUGA